UAAAGAUGGCGCACUGCUUGGCUGCACGUUUAGGCGCCCAGGAGGAGCAGAUUCGGCUUCUCACCGCUGAAAUCUCCGCUCUUCGGGACGGACUAAACGGCGGGUCUAACCGCGCCGGGGUUGCUUCUGUAAGUCCGGAGCUCGAAAACCUGCGGGCGGAGAAUGAGAAGCUCCGAUACCGCUUGCUGCACCUCCGGAGGGGUCUGCAGGCUGAGCUGGAGAUGGAGGAGGCGCUGGGAAGGAAACAAACAGAAGCACAGUGUGGCAAAACCCCGGAGAGGAAUAUCGUAAAACCACAACAAACUGACAGCCGAACUGAUAACGGGCAGGUGCCAAUCCCAGACAAGAAACCCAGUGAGAAAAACAAGAAAAAGCAGGAUAAAGGGCGAGUGGAUGGAGGAACGAAGGAGUUGAAUCCAUGGCCUCCGUAUGUUACGGAGCGCCUCAGCCUCUACGAGGAGCUGAAGAARGAGAGUGAUGCCCUGCUGGCCAGGAAGGCUGCAGAAAGUAAACCCAUUAUUGUUGAGUUGACAGAUGGGCAAAAAGUGCCAGGGAAGUCUUGGGUUACRACACCGUAUCAGAUAGCCUCUGACAUCAGCCAAGGCCUGGCCGACAGCGCAGUAAUUUCUCUUGUUAACGGAGAGCUCUGGGAUCUGGACAGACCUCUUGAGCAGGACUGCUCUCUUGAGAUCUUGCGCUUUGAUAAUGAAGAUGCUCAAGCUGUAUACUGGCACUCCAGCGCUCACAUCCUGGGGGAAGCCAUGGAGCGUUUCUACGGAGGCUGUUUGUGUUACGGCCCCCCGAUAGAGAAUGGCUUCUACUACGACAUGUUCCUAGAUGGACAGAAGUCAGUGUCCAGCACAGAGUUUGGAGACUUGGAGGCUUUGUGCAAGAGUGUGGUGAAAGAGAAACAGCCUUUUGAGAGACUUGAAAUCAGUAAAGAGACACUGCUAAAAAUGUUUAAAUACAACAAAUUCAAGUGUCGCAUUCUGAAUGAGAAAGUUACCACCCCGACUACAACAGUCUACAGAUGUGGGCCCUUGAUUGACUUAUGCAGAGGCCCUCAUGUCAGACACACAGGGAAGAUCAAGGCAAUGAAGAUAUACAAGAACUCUUCCACCUACUGGGAGGGCCGCUCAGACAUGGAGACUCUGCAGAGAAUCUACGGGAUUUCCUUCCCAGACUCAAAGAUGCUGAAAGAGUGGGAACAUGACAUCUUUGCAUUGAAGCCAAUGAACUGCCCCGGCCACUGCUUGAUGUUCAGCCACAGGCCUCGCUCGUGGCGAGAGCUUCCUUUGAGGCUGGCAGAUUUCGGGGUGCUGCACAGGAACGAGCUGUCCGGAACGCUGACGGGUCUGACCCGAGUGCGGCGCUUCCAGCAGGAUGAUGCUCACAUUUUCUGCGUGAUGGAUCAGAUUGAGUCAGAGAUGAAGGGUUGYCUGGACUUCCUCCGCUGUGUUUACGACGUGUUUGGAUUCUCCUUCCAGCUUUAUCUGUCAACCCGUCCAGAAAAAUAUCUGGGUGACAUAGCCUUGUGGAACCAGGCUGAGAAGCAACUCGAAAACAGCCUGAAUGAGUUUGGGGAGCCAUGGAAACUCAACCCUGGAGACGGGGCUUUUUAUGGACCCAAGAUUGACAUUAAGAUCAAAGACGCAAUUGGACGCUACCACCAGUGUGCCACCAUUCAGCUGGACUUCCAGCUGCCUAUUCGCUUCAAUCUGACCUUUGUGGGAAAGGAUGGGGAUGACAAAGCGCGGCCAGUCAUCAUCCACCGUGCCAUCUUGGGCUCGGUGGAAAGGAUGAUUGCCAUUCUCACGGAGAACUAUGUAGGGAAAUGGCCUCUGUGGCUCUCUCCUCGACAGGUGAUGUUGGUGCCCGUCAACCCCUCCUGUGAGGAUUACGCCAACAAGGUGUGCAAGCAGUUCACAGAAGCCGGUUUCAUGGCAGACGCUGAUCUGGACUCUGGCUGCCUCCUGAACAAGAAAAUCCGAAACGCUCAGUUGGCUCAAUAUAAUUUCAUCCUGGUUGUCGGGGAGAAAGAGAAGAUGACUAACAGCGUAAAUGUGCGCACGAGAGACAACAAGGUCCACGGAGAACUGCCGGUGUCCGAGGUGAUGGCUCGCCUGACCCUGCUCAAACAGUCCCGCUGUCGAAACGCAGAAGAAGAAUUUUGAUGAAGAUGGGCAAAGCAAAGCAAAUUUUUGUCCUUAAGUUACCUCAUGUGCGGCAGUUAGAGGUGCUGAGAAUAGGCAGAUGAUGGCAUGUGUGUAGAAGGUUUUUGGAAAGUCAUAAAUGUGAAAUGGACACAAAUGGAUCGUAAUCUUGUGUAAGUGCAUUUUAAUGAAUGGGGCUGUAGAAAAAAAGCARGUGUCCAUGUGAUUGUCAGUGARCUCUGGAGGGGAAAAUCUGGGUUUUGRGUCUGAAUAUCAAAUGAUUUUCUGGCAGUCUAAAUCAAUUAGAARGAAACUGAACUGAACUGAGAGAGAGCGAUYGCUAUGAUCAUUAAAAUGAUGURAAAUUGACACCUAUUYUCACAAAGAUCUGCCCUCAUGGGGAGAAAAAAGAYCUGAAAUAAAAGRGAAAAAAUCUGCAAAA